AUGCCCGUAGAGCCCUCGCGAAGACUCCCAGAAUCCGAACUACGAAUCGAGAAAUGCACUCCCCAAGAUGCGGAGAAGAUCGCAGAAGGCCUCUACCUCUGCUUCCCAGACGACUGGUGGGCCAAAAAGGAGCCCCCGGAAAUCCGCCCAGCCGGCGAGAACAGCCUACAAAUCCGGACUCAGCGCAUGGCUCAACGACUAACCCCCGCCAUCACCGAUCCCCACCAUUGCUUCAUGAAAGCCGUCUACACCCCCACCGGCGAAACCGUAGGAAUAGCCGGCUGGACGCUCCCCACCAACCCCUCCGCGCACAACCUCUUCCGGCGUAGUGCCGCCGAUCAUUAUGGUUGGAAAGAGAAGCAAGGCUGGACUGACGAAGAGCUCGACGAGAUGUGGUCGCACGUCAGCCCCGAGAACUGGAGCGAGCGAUUCGCCAAAGAUGAUGAGAUUAGGAGGGAGGCUACGGGCGGGGAGAGGCAUUGGUAUCUUGCACCAUUGCUUACGUGGCCGGAGUGGCAGGGCAGGGGCGUGGGGAAGAAGUUGAUGGAGUGGGCGUUGAAGCAGGCGGAUAGUACGGAGCCAAAGACGUUGAUGUAUCUGGAGAGUAGGCCGAGUGCACGGGCCGUUUAUAUGCAUCUGGGGUUCGUGCCGUGCGGAGAGUAUAAUAUGCUGAGGAGGGGACCGAAGGUUGUCAGGGGCUUGGAGACGGAAGAGGAGAGAGAGAAGACCGGGCUUUGCAAAACUGGUGUCCCGGCAAAGGAUACUCAGGCUGGUCUUCAAGAUUAA